CCGGAAGUUGUCAUCUCUUGGCGUCCUUAUUUUGUGAAGGCACCGACUGAGUAGUUUCUCUCGGGCUGUUUGCUGGAUUAGCGAGAUGAAACACAACUCGAACGUCCCUGCUUUCCUCACCAAGCUGUGGACGCUGGUGGAGGAUGCAGACACCAACGAGUUUAUCUGCUGGAGUCAGGAGGGCAACAGUUUUCUGGUGUUGGACGAGCAGCACUUUGCCAAGGAGAUCCUCCCCAAGUUCUUCAAGCACAACAACAUGGCCAGCUUCAUCAGGCAGCUGAACAUGUAUGGAUUCCGUAAAGUGAUGCACAUCGACACGGGCAUAGUGAAACAGGAGAGAGAUGGUCCGGUGGAGUUUCAGCACCCCCACUUCAAACAUGGCCAGGACAGCCUGCUGGAGAACAUCAAGAGGAAGGUUUCCAACACUCGGCCAGAAGACAACAAGAUCCGACAGGAAGACCUGACCAAAAUCUUGGCCAGUGUUCACAGUGUCCACAGCGAGCAGGAGAGCAUCGACGUCAGGCUGGGAACACUCAAAAGGGAGAAUGAAGCUCUGUGGAGGGAGAUCGCAGAUCUGAGAAAAAUCCAUGCUCACCAACAGCAGCUCAUCAAGAAGCUGAUACACUUCAUCGUGACAUUGGUACAGAACAACCGCAUCCUGAACCUCAAACGCAAAAGGCCUCCUCUCAUGAACAGCAGUGGAAAGAAGCCCAAAUUCAUUCAUCAGAUCUAUGAUGACAAAGUGUGUGUGGAGCAGUCGUCUGUCAACAGUCUGAGUGGCGUGAGGAGCUCGGACAUAUCGGAUGACGUCAUCAUUUGUGACUUGACUGAGAGUGAUGCUGAGUUGGCGGCCGAGAUAACGGAGGGCUCGCCCAGAGCCUACGAGACGGGGGAUGUAGAGAUCGUGGAGGUGGAACUGGACAGCUGUGGGGGGCUGGCUGCAGAGACGGAGGUGAACCCUCCCUACACAGAUCACAGCCCCAGACAGACAGAGGCGGGGGUGUCUUCAGCAGCAGAGGACAGUCAGAGGAGCAGCACGUCAGACGCCAGCGGAGCCCCCAGUGGAGUCCUGCAGCUCAACAAAGCCAGCGGCCUGAGCCUGGAGGACCCCAUCAAGAUGAUGGACUCCAUACUGAACGAGAGUGGCGCCAUCUCACAGAACAUCAACCUGCUGGGCAAGCAAGUGAUGGAGCUGAUGGACUAUCUAGACAGCAUCGACUGCAGCCUGGAGGACUUCCAGGCCAUGCUGUAUGGAAAACAGUUUGGUGUGGAUUUUGAGUCCCUCGAGGAGAGUCUGUCCGUCAAAGACAGCUCCACACAGCUCAGCAGAGGCAGGACGGAGGAAGCAAACACAGAUAAGCAGCUGGUCCAAUACACAUCCUGCCCUCUACUGGCCUUCCUGGAUGGCUGCAUCCCUCAUGCAGAGCAGGAGGUCUGCCCCAGCAGCAGCAGCUCCUCCUUUAACAACCCUCAGCUCUCCUCCAGCCCUGCUGCUGGUGUAGGGAUAGAGCCCCCCUUAGAGCUGCUGGACUCCAGCAUGGAGUCCAAGCCGCCGGCCCGCAGCUCCCUGAUCCGCCUGGAGCCUCUGACGGAGGCAGAGGCCAGCGCCGAGACGCUCUUCUACCUGUGUGAACUGAGUCCUGCUGCAGCGGAGGCAGAGGCCCUGCAGGACAGAGUGUGAGCAGGCCCCACUCCUUCUGAGUGGCCCUCACAUCCACCCAGGGGCCCCCGGAAAGAGCAGCAGUUUGUACUGUGUGCACAUUUUUAUAUUUUGCAUUGAAGACAGCAUUUGAGUUACAGAACUGGGUGUCAUUUUCAUCAAAGUUAUAAUUAUAGUUUAACAAGCCUUUUAAUCCCCCAGAGCAUGAUGGGAAGUGUAGUUUCAAAACACAAAACAUUCUAGUCUAAGUAAAAUGAGUACAACUGACAUUACUCGUAGAAACACCGCUUUAAUGGAGACCCUGCGUCUGAAAGAGGAAACUUUUGUUUUUGAUAAGACUCUUUGUUUUUAGUAACCGUGCGUUAUUAACAACACAUUUCACAAACAGACAAUAGUCGUGCAUAAUACAAAUAGUGCAGUGAACUCUGAAACCACAGGCAUAAAUAAAUGAAUGAACUACCUUUAUAGCGUCAGUGCUAUGUUGCUACAACUUGUUCAUCUGACUGAAAUACAUUAUUAUUAAUAUAAACACUACUUAUUAUGACCAGUGUUUUCUUCAAUGCAAUGCUCGGGAUGUUAAAAUGCCAGGAUGUGCACACGGUGUGGCUCCUGUGGGAGCAGAACACCGCUCCAGUAUCUUUAGCAUCUGGUCAAUGAGGACGCUGGACCUUGUUUGUACUCUGAAAUGUAUUUAUUCACGUUGUUGUUUAUCUUUUGCCACAUUCUGUUCACAAAUACUCAGAUAGUGUUGUGCUCAAGCCAUAGGACCUAAGCAACAUUCUGCAGAACUGGGACAACAGGUGGUCCAAAUAAAGGCUGAACACAAACCAGUUAAUGCCGUCCAACAAAGACACUCAACUCGGUCCUCUGUGUAGUAAGGUCAUGUUAUUCUAAGUUUGACGACAACUGUCCCAGUUGUCAAAAUAUGAGAACGCAGCUUAAAACAUGAAAACUUCAUUUCAAAGUAAGAAAUUCCAGAACCUCUUCCGAGCUCCCUGUUCAUUGAGUUGAGGUCAGAGUGUGUGAGCUGAUCUCAGAACUGUAAAUAGUGUCCGUCAGUACGCUCGUGUAGUGCUAAUGUUUCCUCUGCUGUUCCCUGAGAGAAGUGUCCCUCCUGCCAGCCGUCCGUCACCCUGCAGAUACUGUUUAUAGUUCCCUGCAUGGCCAUGUCGCUGAGACCCGCCCACAGACCCUGCCAGCUGUCUAUCAUUGUUGCCGUUACAAUAAAGCAAAUGCUACAACGUA